UAUUCGUCAAGCUCAUGCGUCGAUAUAAGUACUUGGAGAAGAUGUUCGAAGAGGAAAUGAAAAAGGUGUUGGUAUUCAUUAAAGGUUUUACUCCGAGUGAACGCACCAAACUUGCGCGUAUGACAGCGCUCUGGUUAGUUAAUGGUUCUGUGCCCCCGAAUGUUCUGUUGGUAUUGAACAACGAGCAUUUAAUUAAGGAUGGCAUUGCUAUCGACUUCCUUAUCGAGGUAUUUGUCGCUUUCAAACAAGAGAAGGGCAUUUCAUAUCUGGUACAAGCUCUCAAAAAGGGUGGACUUGAAAGCAAGUAAGUGAAAUGGUAUUAUUCAUAUUGAUUAUUGCAAAAAAAAAGUAUCAUAUAUAUAAGUAUACAUACAUAUAUGGAUACAACUAGAUAUAAGUACGCGCUGCAAUGGUACAAUCUAAUUUUUUUACAUAUGUAAAUUGAUAUACAUAGAUGUAUUUAUAGCACCAAUUUGUUUAUUUUUUUUAGAAGAAAUUUAAAGGCUCAAUCGCACACUUUUUAACAAUGAAUCUAAUGAAACGCUACAUAUUUUCAUUGUGAAAGUGUGCAAGAGCAAAAUAAAACGAUUGGGUGUCCAAACUUCUUUAAUGUAUAGAAAAAUUGGCCAAUAAUCGCUUUGACAUGGCGCUUACAUCAUUAAGCAUUGAAAUAUGGGUGCGUUCAGAAAUGCAUCGAGCCAAAGCAUCAGUCUCUUUUUACUUCUAAAUUAUAACGGAUGCAAAUGCUUUAUUUACGCAACUAAGUUCCAAUUAGCCAUUUAAUCGUCGUUGCGCAUAUUGGAUAUUUCCAUCAAUUACAGUUUAGAAAUAAAUACGUCUGAUGGUUUGACUUGAUGCAUUUAUGAACACACACUAUGUAUCUUCCUAUUAAUGAAGGAGUUUGAUAGGUCUCGAUUUUUUCUUUGAUAUCACUUUGCACACUGGGAGAAUGGAUUUGAUUCGAUUUAAAAGUAUCAAUUUCAUUGUACAAGUGUGCAAGAGUAAAUUGAAACGAUUGGGUGUCCAGACUUCUCUUUGUCGUAGAAAAACUGGCCAAUUAUCGUUUUAACACGUAUA